GCAUGCGCAGAGCGCGCGGGGCGAGGUUGCCGUGGCAGCGCCGGCUCCCGGGAGGGCGGCGGGCGAGGGGCCGGGACCGCGGGGCCUGAGGCGGCGACCUGAGAGCCCGCGGCCCGGCCGGAGGCGGCUCGGAACAGGCUUGAGCGGCGGGGCGCGCGGCCCGGCGGGCGGGGAUGCGGGACCGGCUUCCAGACCUGACGGCGUGUAGGAAGAAUGAUGAUGGAGACACAGUUGUUGUGGUUGAAAAGGACCAUUUCAUGGAGGAUUUCUUCCAUCAGGUUGAGGAGAUUAGAAACAGUAUCGAUAAAAUAACUCAGUAUGUUGAAGAAGUAAAGAAAAACCACAGCAUCAUUCUUUCUGCACCGAACCCAGAAGGAAAAAUAAAAGAAGAGCUAGAAGAUCUGAACAAAGAAAUCAAGAAAACUGCGAAUAAAAUUCGAGCCAAGUUAAAGUUGAUUGAACAAAGCUUUGAUCAGGAUGAGAGUGGGAACCGGACAUCAGUGGAUCUUCGGAUACGAAGAACCCAGCAUUCGGUGCUGUCUCGGAAAUUUGUGGAAGCCAUGGCGCAGUACAACGAGGCGCAGACUCUGUUCCGGGAGCGGAGCAAGGGCCGUAUCCAGCGCCAGCUGGAGAUAACCGGAAGAACCACCACAGACAGCGAGCUGGAGGAGAUGCUGGAGAGCGGGAAGCCGUCCAUCUUCACUUCCGACAUUAUAUCAGAUUCACAAAUUACUAGACAAGCUCUCAAUGAAAUUGAGUCACGUCAUAAGGACAUCAUGAAGCUGGAGACCAGUAUCCGAGAGUUGCAUGAGAUGUUCAUGGACAUGGCCAUGUUUGUGGAGACUCAGGGUGAAAUGAUCAACAACAUAGAAAGAAAUGUUAUGAAUGCUACAGACUAUGUAGAACAUGCUAAAGAAGAAACAAAAAAAGCUAUCAAAUAUCAGAGCAAGGCGAGAAGGAAAAAGUGGAUAAUUAUUGCUGUGUCAGUGGCUCUGGUUGCCAUAAUCGCUCUAAUUAUUGGCUUGUCAGUUGGCAAAUGAUGGUGUGGAUAACUUCAGCCUGUGUGCCUCUCUGCCAGGGUGGGAAAAAUGAUGUUCAUUAUUAUUUGUGUAAUUGUUUUGCUUGUGAUCCUUGGAAUUAUCCUAGCAACAACAUUGUCAUAGCAACUAUAUCCCAAGAGCCAUUUAUCCUUGGAGACUGAGACUACACCUGCAACCAGAUCAGCACCCUGUCAUUUUCAUUUCGUGAAUGAAUCUCAGACACUGUAACCCGGCAUUGGUGCUGACCUUUUAAUGUAUGAAUUCACAGAAGCAGCGCAACAGAACGUCUUGUUGAGUGAAAGGCCGUAAGCACCAUGCGUGUGAUACGUGACCCUGAAUGACACACUACAGAACGUGGGGCAGCGUGAGACUUUUCUCAGUGGCCUCGAAAUAAGGAAAUGCCGAAAAUGUCAAUAUUAAAAAUAAAAAUAUUUCAGUGUUACAAAUGUGCAUGAAGUUUAAUUAGGAAUCCUUUAUGUUAUGAAGCUUUUUUUUUUUUGGAGACAGAGUCUCACUCAUUUGCCCAGGCUAGAGUGGAGGGCAGUAGUGCAAUCUUGGCUCACUGUAAUCUGCCUCCUGGGUUCAAGCGAUUCUCCUGACUCAGCCUCCCCAGUAGCUGGGAUUAUAGGUACAUUCCACUAUGCCCAGCUAAUUUUUUGUACUUUUGUUUUUAGUAGAGAUAGGGUUUCACUAUGCUGGCCAGGCUGGUCUUGAACUCCUGACCUCGUGAUCCGCCUGCCUCGGCUUCCCAAAGUGCUGGGAUUACAGGUGUGAGCUACCACACCCAACCGUUAUGAAGCUUUUAGAUCUCAGGUCUAAGGCUCCUUUCCCCGCCUUCUUCCAGCUAAUAUGUGCUAAUUAGGAGACCUUUUGUACAAUGCUGUGUUUAUUGUCUGUUUGAAGAAAUAAUUUUUAUCACAUGUUUUUGUAAGAUAUCUAUAAUUUUAUGUGUUUAUAAAUUAAUUGUUUAAUAUAUUAGCAUCUUAAUUUAUCCCAUUUGUAUAUCCUGAAUGUGGCCUUGUGAGUGAAAUAGGAAGUUUCAUGGCGUUUGAGCCACCUUUGUGCAGUUGUUUACAGAGUGUCCCACUGUCACAGAAAAUGAUGGUUGCAAAGCCCUUCCAAGCCUCCGAAAGUGCCUUCUGUCGAUGCUGGUUUAUAAAGAGUUUAAAUGCGCCAGUGGCUCCAGAAGAGCCUCAGCCUCAGCUCCACUUCUGGGAUAAUGACUGCACCGUAAAGACUGCGGUCUCUUUUUCACUAAGUAUGAGAUUCGUGUUUCCCAGUUGACAUGAACAAAGUCUGAAUUUCAUGGUGAUGAAACCGAGGUUCAGUGCUCUCUUGACUCAAGGAAAUUAUUCCUAAUACAUUGAGUAAUUCUUAUAAAUUUAAACUUGUACAGAUCACAUAAAUGUUAUUAAGUACCUAAUGUUUUGCUGAACUUUAAAAGUUAAUUUCCAAAAUGUGUAGGAAUUCAUAAUUAAACCUUAUUAUUGCUCAUUCUUUUUUAGAAUAAUACGACUUAUUUGUAGACAUGUAAAAUGUGUGAACUGGUGAAUGGACAUCUGUGAAGAGAGCACUCAAAAUUUUAAAGGAGUAUGUGAAGGAUGCCCCAAAUGUCGUUAACUCUUGUUACUGCUGUGUGUGAUGGUGUAAGCAUGUGACUUUUAACAUGUUUGGUUUGAAACUAGUGUAGAUAUGCCUGACUCCAAACAGUAGGUGUGAAUAUCGAACAGCUUCGCAGCCAGGUCCCGGACCUAACACAGUUCCUAAUCUCCCCUGUCCUGACAUGUCCACUGGAUCACCGCUGAUGGUCACAGUGUGCCAGAGUUACUAGGGGAAGUCUGCCUCUAACUGUGCCUUUCUUUUGGUCUUGAAGUAUCCUGUUGUGGGGUGUGCUCACUGAUUUGUGGUUACGUUGAAGGUGUAACUUGUCUGGAAGGGUUGUAAACAUUACAGGAUCACGCUGGUGUCCAGAGGACUUCACGCCUCAGUCUAAUCACGUGCGUGUCGUUCUUCAAGUUCUGUCAUAUGAGUCCUCCCCUUUUACGACACUUUGUAUGGUAUUUUUCAAGUUAAUCUUAGAUUUGCAAUAUAUUACUGAAUUUGUGUUUGUAUAGUUGAAGUUAUAAACAUGCUAUUUGAUUUGUAUUUAGAUACUUAAGUCAUUUGUCCAACGACAUGUGUAUAUCUAAGCCUCAUGCACUGAUUUGAAGUCAGUCUUAAAAAUAUAUUUACAGAUUCACUUGUGACUUUUUAAUCAGUUCUUCAAAUAUUUCAUGUUUACAUUAAACGUUUCCAGAGAAGCA